CGCGAUUCAAUUUAGAGCCAAUCACGAUGCACGUCUGCCCAGAGCGGGACGUUACAAAUGUAGACCCGGAAGUUUUCCUCCGCCUUUUUUGUUUGCGUAGUUUAAUAACAAUUUUUUUAAAAGGCUAUAUUCGUAGAACAUGGCGCCGAGCGGCUCGUCAGACGUGUAGACCACAGAUUCACGUCGAGUUCUCGCUCGUGAAACCAGCCGCAGAAUCGUCCAGCUCCUGUAAAACAUGGAGGAGCUCUACACUUUAGAGAAGGAGGUCGGACGAGGCAGCUAUGGCGUGGUCUUUGAGGGACAUAUGGUCAAAACAGGACAGAAGGUGGCCAUUAAGCGGCUGCCCUGCAGCAACCCGGAGUGCAUCGAGCUCUACCUGCAAGAGCUGUGGGCCAUGAGAGCCACAGCCAAGAACCACAGAAACGUCAUUGCACUCCACAGCUGCCUCCUGCAGACAGGCCCCAGAAGCUUGAAGCCCCUGAAACCAGGGAAACUGCCCCUACGUCUAGUUGAGAGCGUGCUGAAGGGCAGUAUGGUGGGAGCACCACAAAGGCGGGAGAGGAUUCAUGCCCAGUCGACCGCCAUGAAGAGGACUAAUUCUCUCUCCAGGCUUCAGGACAGGACCAACACUGUCCAGGUCAGGGCUAAGCUCCAGGACACAACAAAAUCAAAUGCAUCUGAUGCUACAACCCCGCAACGGCCUCAAAACAGAGCCGGGAAGAGACGGGCCCAGAGCGAGGGGGAGCAGUCGGGACCCCGGCGCUGCUUGGCCCUGUGGCUCGUGAUGGAGUACUGUGACGGGGGCGACUUGAAUCGGUACGUGCUCUCCAGGCCGCUAUAUCCCCGGCGUAACCGCAGUGUGGUGCGACAGCUUUGCAGAGCUGUGGCCUUCCUGCAUAGCCUUGGCAUCAUCCAUCGAGACCUGAAGCCCGACAAUGUGCUGAUCUGUGUCACACCAAAAGGCCCUGUCGUCAAGGUGGCAGACUUUGGUCUGAGCAAGAUGAGUGAAGGUCUGGUGGACGGGGAUGAAAACGUGCAGCACUUCUCAUCCACCUGUGGCUCCGACUUUUACAUGGCUCCGGAGGUGUGGGGUGGAGUGACCUACACAGCCCAGGCGGACAUCUUUUCGCUAGGUGUGAUGUUCUGGGCGAUUCUGGAAAGAAUCACCUUUCUGCAAGAAGGGACCACACAGGAACAGCUGGGCGCCUACGUGUGUAAGGGUCGCUCGGGCAAGUUGAUGCCGCUGGGGGAAGCCUUGUGGGAGAACGCCGACCUCCAGCUGUGUAUCCCAAUGAAGUCAAAGAGAGCGCCCCCGCUGCCACCCCCUCCCGGUCCAUCUACGUGCACUCUGCUUUUAGACAUGCUCGCCUCAAACCCGGAUGCCCGGCCCCCGGCAGACCAGCUGGAGGCCAGAGUGCGAUCCGCUCACAAAGAGGACUCCCACUGACACAAAGUGCGCUUAAGCGACCAUUAUGGCUCUUACCACUGUAACCACUACACGGAAAUAUUGACUGUGCGCCCCCUGACCACAGUGCUUCCUAUGUGUGUCAACAGGAACCACUUUGCUGCCACAGGGAAGUGGGGAUAACAAAUAUGUAAGAUUAUAUGGAAUUGAAGGUGCUAUUUCUGUCACUGAAACAGCAGCGCAGUUUAGAAACCGUGUAGAAAAACCAGAAAAAGGGAAAAUGGGGUUGAAAUAGAAGAGGUCCUUCUGACCCCCGAGAGCCUCUCGAGGAAAUCAGUCUAUUGGCCUUGGACCCCUGUAAUGCACUGCAGACUAAACACGCAAUGAUACUCAAGCAAGUCUUUAUAGAGAUCCAGUGGGACUCGCUGAGUUUCCUGUAAGCACCGUGCUGUUUAGGCACAUAGGCGUUUGACAGAGAAAAUCAAUUUUGGUAAGUAUAGAGCUGAAAUUAAUAAAAUGGUUUGAUGUUAGUGCUUAUAAACAGACCAGUGUUUGACUGACUCCACAUUCUGCUGUAUUUCAGUUACUGAAUUUGACUUUGAUUUUUGGACAUUGAUGUUUUAACUUAAUUUGUACUGCCCUUCCUGGCCAAGGUACCUCCACCUCACACUGAUGUAGCAUGGAUUGAACAGUCCGCUGGGAUUCCAGAUGUAUUAAAUACGUAAAGAGAUGAAACAUGUCCGUCCAUUGUAAUGCAAGAAUAGAGUGACAUAUUUCUAACAUAUUUGUUCCUGAUACAGUAUAUGUAAAUGAGCUGCUCACAAACAAUACCACCUCUCAAUAUAAUGAACUUGAUCUCAACAAGAUCUCAAAGAGAAGGUGAAAAAAUUGUUUUAAGUUAGAAAGUUGUGUGAGAAUUGUAUUUAUUGCAGGGCUUUAAUAUUCUAAUGUUAAUUCUGCUUUCUUUAAUUAGCUUUUUAUUGAUGUAAGAAUGCGUCUUGAGAGAUGAUUGUGUUUGAUACAUUUUGCUUCAUGCUAGAGCUGAGCGAUGUGGCCAAAAAUGAUUUAAAGUUUACAUCAGUCGAUAUCAAAAAUUAAUGCAAUAAACACAUUAUUUCUUAAGUUUAAGGACAUUUUUGCUCCUGAGUGAAGGUUGUGGUUUUAAACUCUUCUAUAUGGGUGGAGUAUGACAACCACUAGAUAAACAACAGAACAUUUAAACAUCUGAAAACAAUCAAUUAUAGGUUGUACCUCCUCACUAUCUUCACAAUGCAUAAACAUAUGUGUAUUGCUUUUUAACUGCUAUUGAUAAUAAAAGUGUUAUGUCCCAGC